AUGAAUUCCGGAACGGAGAGGAAGGCGGUGCCUUACGUUCGCGCUCAAUCCGGUCAAGACCACGCUGCUUCAGGAUCUCGAGAUCUGUCGAUGAAUUCCGCAGGCCCGUCGAGGCGAAGCGCUCCUAUUGUUGUCAAACCGGUGGCCACACGAUCGCCGAAAAAGAAACGGUCAGCCGAACCGACGGAAGGCGGCUACUGCCAAAAAUGCCGGACUUACUUUGAGAGACUGUCAACGUGGUUCGCCCACCAAGCUCAAUGCCGCGGGACGGAU